AUGCCAGCUGGAACUGGAACCGGCUUCGCCCCUUCCGAUCCCCCGGUCGGGACUGUGCCCACACAGGGACUGAACUCCAUCCCGACAGCCACUCCUUACCUGGUGCUGUCUGCCAACCUGACGGGACCCUGGUGCCUGCAGGUGCCCAUCCCCGAUGGCCUCUUUUUCAGCCUGGGGCUGGUGAGCUUGGUGGAGAACGUGCUGGUGGUGAUUUCUAUUGCCAAGAACCGAAACCUGCAUUCACCUAUGUACUUGUUCAUCUGCUGCCUGGCUUUAUCUGAUCUGCUCGUGAGUGUAAGCAUUGUGCUGGAGACCACUGUCAUCUUGGGGCUAGAGGCAGGGGCCCUGGCCACCCGGGAGGUGGUGGUACAGUGGCUGGACAACGUCGUUGACGUACUCAUCUGUGGCUCCAUGCUGUCAAGCCUCUGCUUCCUAGGAGCCAUCGCGAUAGACCGAUACAUCUCCAUCUUCUAUGCACUGCGCUAUCAUAGCAUUGUGACACUGUCCCGGGCACGGUGGGUCAUUGUGGCCAUCUGGGGAGCCAGCAUCUUUUCCAGCACUCUCUUCAUUGCUUACUACAAUCACAUGGCUGUCCUGCUUUGUCUUGCUACCUUUUUUCUAGCCACGCUGGCCCUCAUGGCCAUUCUGUACCUUCACAUGCUCUCACGGGCAUGCCACCAUGCCCGGGCCAUUGCUCAGCUCCACAAGAGACAGAAGCAUCCUGUUCACCAGGGCUUCUGGCUCAAAGGUGCUGCCACCCUUGCUAUUCUCCUGGGCAUUUUCUUCUUAUGCUGGGUCCCCUUCUUCCUGUACCUCGCACUCAUCACCCUCUGCCCCAGGCACCCUACCUGCAGCUGCUUCUUCAAGAACCUCAACCUCUUCCUUGCCCUCAUCAUCUUCAACUCCAUUGUUGACCCCCUCAUCUAUGCCUUCCAGAGUCAGGAGCUCCGCAUGACGAUCAAGGAGGUGCUGCGGUGCACCUGUUUGAAGUUUGGAUGGAAGGUGAAAGGCAGUGAUCAAUGUCAUGAGAGGAAGGAGUCCCAGAAACGAUUGCCAUCUGCCUACAUUGGAAGCCUGCCCCCCCAAAGGGACCUCAUGCUCAUGGGAAAAGUGUGGAGCUCCAACAGGGCCCACUAUGUCCCUUGGCCCGGGCAGCUCCACCCGUCCCCUCUGGGGCGGAGCGCGGGCCCCACGCGGGAGCUCUUCCUGGAGGGCUCGGACCGCGUCCCUGACCUUGUCGUCCCUGUCCUUGUCCUCCGCUCCGGCCACCAUGAAACCGGCCGCGUGCCCGCGACACCAAUGGGCCGGUCCCAUGCCAGCGUUUUGCGUUCCCGCCAGGGGUCUGAGGGUGCGGCUAUAUCACAGCCCCUUACUGACUCCUUCUCCCCCUGGUUACAGUUUUGGGAGGUCAUCAGUGAUGAGCAUGGCAUAGAUCCCAGCGGCAACUACGUGGGUGACUCAGACCUGCAGCUGGAACGCAUCAGUGUCUACUACAACGAGGCCUCCUCUCAUAAAUAUGUGCCUCGGGCUAUCCUGGUGGACCUGGAGCCUGGAACUAUGGAUAGCGUACGGUCAGGGGCCUUUGGACAUCUUUUCAGGCCUGACAACUUCAUCUUUGGUCAGAGUGGGGCUGGCAACAACUGGGCCAAGGGUCACUACACAGAGGGUGCGGAGCUGGUGGACUCAGUCCUAGACGUUGUGCGGAAGGAGUGUGAGAAUUGCGACUGCCUGCAAGGCUUCCAGCUGACCCACUCCCUAGGUGGGGGCACAGGCUCGGGCAUGGGCACCCUGCUUAUCAGCAAGGUGCGGGAGGAGUAUCCUGACCGCAUCAUGAACACCUUCAGUGUGGUGCCCUCACCCAAAGUCUCAGACACCGUGGUGGAGCCCUACAACGCCACACUGUCCAUCCACCAGCUGGUGGAGAACACGGAUGAGACCUACUGCAUUGACAAUGAGGCCCUGUACGACAUCUGCUUCCGCACCCUGAAGCUGGCCACACCCACGUAUGGGGACCUCAACCACCUGGUGUCGGCCACCAUGAGUGGGGUCACCACCUCCCUCCGCUUUCCUGGCCAGCUCAAUGCAGACCUGCGCAAGCUGGCUGUGAACAUGGUGCCCUUCCCCCGCCUGCACUUCUUCAUGCCCGGCUUUGCCCCACUCACAGCCCGGGGCAGCCAGCAGUACCGGGCCCUGACCGUGCCCGAGCUCACCCAGCAGAUGUUUGAUGCCAAGAACAUGAUGGCUGCCUGUGACCCCCGGCACGGCCGCUACCUGACAGUGGCCACUGUCUUCCGUGGGCGCAUGUCUAUGAAAGAAGUAGAUGAGCAGAUGCUGGCUAUCCAGAGCAAGAACAGCAGCUACUUUGUGGAGUGGAUCCCUAACAAUGUCAAGGUAGCUGUGUGUGACAUCCCUCCUCGCGGCCUCAAGAUGUCCUCCACCUUCAUCGGCAACAGCACGGCCAUCCAGGAGCUGUUCAAGCGCAUCUCCGAGCAGUUCACCGCCAUGUUCCGGCGCAAGGCCUUCCUGCACUGGUACACUGGUGAGGGCAUGGAUGAGAUGGAGUUCACGGAGGCCGAGAGCAACAUGAACGACCUGGUGUCUGAGUACCAGCAGUACCAGGACGCCACAGCCGAGGAGGAGGGCGAGAUGUAUGAAGAUGAUGAUGAGGAGUCUGAGGCCCAGGGCCCCAAGUGAACCACCUGCGGGUGGAGUCACAUGUCAGCCAGGGCCAAGACAAGCAGGUCUGUCCCUCAGAGCCACUUAGCUGCUGACACUGCCCCCCAGCUUUGCUUCUACCAGCUUGCUAUGGUGUCACAGGGCCUCCCGAGUUACGUCCUUCAGUAUUUAUGGCCAUCCCCACCCAGUUUGAGUCCAUUGGCUCUGUCCUCCCCACAUACCCACCUCCUUUUUUGUGAUGCCCCUUGUCUCUUGGUUUUAUUGUGGCUCCGAGCCUGAUGUUUUAUAGUUUGUUUUGUUUUUACUGAUGUAUGUUUAUAUUUUGGGGGGGAUACUUAA